AUUUCAAACUGCGCGGGUCGGUCUCGCAGAAGCGCGAAUCGAACAAAAUACGAAUGAAGACUAAGUUUAGUCAGUGAAACUUCGUCGCGCGCGCUCCAGUCGUCGUCCGCUUACAUCGUAAUUAAACGAAUUACACAGAUUUGGAUCUGUUUUUGCAUCGUCUUGCGUUUUGUUGUCUCUGUUGUUUCGUGUUGCUGUGUACCGCGUUUCGUCUCGUCCCGUCCCGUGAGUGUUUUUAGAUGAAAAUUGGCCAAAAAUCGGGGAAUUAUUUCCGAGUGAUAAAUUGUUGAAAGUCGUGGCAGGCCCUGGACCAGGGGCCCCCGCGCAAAACCAAAGAAUAUCCCAAAACGAAAUGGAGAAAGAAAUGUUGUGCAGUGCAGUGCAAAGAAAGUGAUUGAAAAAUAACAGAUAGAAUAUAAAAAAUAGGGAAGCAAAGAAAGAAAGAAAGAAGGAAUAAGCAGAAGCGACUCGAGGGACCCUAGGAGAACCUUUCUUCUCUUUUCGCACCCCUCCGCACUCUCCAACGACAGCGAAGCGCCUUUGCUUCAGGAGUCUGUCUCUGUCCUCUCUGCUUCUCUUCUACUCCGCCCCGCUGUCCGGCUAUCCGGCCGUCCGGGCCCGCAAAAGCCGCCAAGAUUAAGUUCUCCAAGCAGCAUCCACACCACGCAUACCGGCACACGGACAACCUCUACGACGGUGGCACCGACACCGACGACGACGAAUGUCCCUUGGAGUCGACCACCAUGAAUCCCUACGAGUAUGAGUCGACGCUCGACUGCCGCGACGCGGGCGGCGGCCGGGGACCAGGCACGCUGCCCAUGACGGGUCGCCACACGGCCGGAGGCACUGCCUCCGCCUCAUCGGUGGCCGGCAGCAGCCAGACGCUCCAGCACCAGAACCAACAGAAUCUGCAGGCAGCCGCUGCCGCUGCAGCAGCCGCACAGUCGUCCCACUACGACUACGAGUACCAGCACUUGCCGCACCGCCCGCUGGACGCAACGGCGACCCUGACGGCGCAACGAACACACGGAAGACAAGGCUUCCUCCUGGAAGGAGUUACGCCAACGGCCCCACCGGAUGUACCGCCGCGUAAUCCGACAAUGAGUCGCAUGCAGAAUGGUCGUUUAACCGUUAACAAUCCCAAUGACGUUGACUUUGAGCCAUCUUGUUUGGUGCGAACGCCAUCGGGCAACGUUUACAUUCCUAGUGGAAAUCUAAACAUCAACAAGGGCUCUCCCAUCGAUUUUAAGAGCGGCUCGGCCUGUUCCACACCCACAAAAGACACACUGAAGGGCGGAUACGAGCGGAGCACGCAGGGCUGCAGAGGCCCAGUUCUGCCGCCGAGCGUCAUGAACGGUUUGCCCUCGCACCACUACUCGGCGCCGAUGAACUUCCGCAAGGAUCUGGCCGCCCGCUGCUCCUCGCCCUGCCUGAGCAUCGGGGCGAUCGCGGCACUGUGCGUGAUCAUCCUGAUGGUGAUCUUGCUGAGCACCACCGGCGUGCUACACUGGUCCCAGUCGGCACCCUGCACAGUCCUAGUCGGCAACGAGGCCUCCGAGGUCACGGCUGCCAAGAGCACGAACACGGACCUCUCCAAACUGCACAACUCCUCGGUACGCGCGAAGAACGGACAAGGCACUGGCACCGCACAAGGACAAGGACUCGCCGGCGGAGUAGCUGGCGGCGGAGGAUUAUCGGCGGCCACCGUCACGACGGCCACAUCGAACAGCGGAACGGCCCAGGGACUGCAGUCGACGUCCGCCUCCUCCGCGGAGGCCACGUCCUCGGCGGCCACCUCUUCCUCGCAAUCCUCGCUGACGCCUUCGACGUCGCUCUCCUCUUCCCUGGCGAAUGCCAAUAAUGGAGGAAGAGCAAUGUCAACGCGUCUGUCAGUCAGUGGGGCAGGCGAUGAACGACAACAACAGCGACAUCGACGAAGUUUAAUCGAGGGGCAUGGGGAGCAGCAGGACUACGAUGACGAUGACGAUGAUGAUGUGGCGGCUACAGACGUUUCAGGAAGUUUCAGCAACUUAAUUACUGGUGAAAGCCUGGACCUAUACCAGGCUGAAAAUACUCCAGCCAACAUUGCGACAGAGUCGCCGAGGACAUGGCAAAGUAAUUUCGAUAAAACUUUGCCGAAAAUCGAUAGCAUAUUGAGUGCCCAGCAGGACGAAGGCUUUGUCGACGACAUCAGCGACUAUGUCUAUGAAGAUGAAGCUGAAGCUGAAGUUGAGGCUGAAACGGAAAAGGAGAUGGAGAAGGAGAAGGAACUCCAGAGGAGGCCCACAAGCAAGCAACAAUUUGGCAAAUCAUUAAACAGCAAUUUACGAAGCUCGGCUAAAACGCUGGUCAAGAAGAAGACGAAAUAUGACUCGAAGAUGGAGAUGGAGAAGGAGCUGGCGGUGGAGGAACAUUUCGAAGAGACCAGCGAUACCAUUGUGAUGGCAACGGAGGCGGAGACGGAGACGGAGAUGGAGAUGGAGUCGGAGCCCAGCAGCACAUUUGUUGCUGUUAUUGAUGACGAUAAUCAAACUGACAACAGCAGCUCAGGCCCGGCGCCAGAGACAGAGACGGAGACUGAGACGACUUUGAGGAGUGACACCGAUGACAUUGUUGAAAUCAACACCCAAACAGGAUCAACCAGGAGCCAGGAGCAGCAGCAGCAAACGGUGCAAAGGCAAAACACCCUCCUCGCACCCGCCGCAUCCAUGCCUGCCGUGGAAAAUGAUUUUCAAAUCAGUGAGCUAAAGCAGAAGGAGGAGCAGGAGUCUGGGGAGCAUCAGCAGAAACCUGCCACUGAUGAUAACAAUAAUGAGCGUGAUUUAGCUGACAACUACGAGGUAGACGGCGAGGAGGCGACAUCCGCACUUCCACAAGGUUGGGAAACUAAGGUGAACCACCAGGAGCAAACAUCAUCCACAUCUCCACUGCCACCAGGAACAAAUCACAACAUCUCCGACUUAAUGCUGAACGAUGCCUCCCCCAUUGAGGAUGAGCAUAUUGACAUAGUAAAACUGGAUAAAACUCUGAGCUCCAACGAAGAGGAGGUGUACAAGAUGGCCAGAAAGGAAGAGCCACAGCCAGAGCCAGAGGUAAAGCCAGAGGCGGAUCAUCCUCCGACUGUCAGGGAGAACGAGGUGCUCAAAGAGCAGGAGCAGGACAGCGAGGACAACGAGAUACCCGUCCAUCUGAAGCCGCUCAAGCCGUACGUGAGUGAACGCAUUGAUCAGCCCGGCAGACGCAUCUUUGUGAACCUGACGAUAGCCACCGAUGACGGCAGCGACUCAGUGUACACCCUGCACGUGGAAGUACCCACGGGCGGGGGCUCACACACCAUCAAGGAGGUGUUGAGCCACGACCAGAAGCCCCUGCCGGUGGACAACAGUGCGGACAGCUGUGUUCCGGAGCCGCCGCCCCGCAUGCCCGACUGCCCCUGCAGCUGCCUGCCCCCCACCAUGCCCGUGUACAUGGAUGACAACGUUGACAUUGACUCGGCUCCAACAACUACUCCGGGGACCACAUUGAGUGCCCCCCAACCCCAACAUAAACUAAAGGAAGAGUUUGACUAUGGGGACACUGACACUGGGGAACCAAUGCCUGCCUCAUCCGCUGCGCCGAGCAACGCUACUAACCCCCCCGAGCUCGAUAACAACAUUGCCGCCUCCUAUACUGAACCAAGUGUUGGUGCAGGUGCAGGUGCUGGUGCUGGUGCAUGCCCCGAUGUAAUGCCAAUACUCAUACUGGAAGGAGCCCGCACAUUCCCGGCACGCAGCUUCCCACCGGACGGCACCACCUUUGGCCAGAUAACGCUCGGCCAGAAGCUGACCAAGGAGAUCCAGCCAUAUAGCUACUGGAACAUGCAGUUCUACCAGUCGGAGCCGGCCUACGUCAAGUUUGACUACACCAUACCGCGCGGAGCCUCGAUCGGGGUGUACGGACGCCGCAAUGCCCUGCCCACCCACACCCAAUACCACUUCAAGGAGGUGCUAAGCGGUUUCAGCGCCAGCACACGCACGGCGCGGGCUGCUCACCUUUCUAUAACGCGGGAGGUGACACGCUACAUGGAGCCGGGUCAUUGGUUCGUCUCGCUGUACAACGACGACGGUGAUGUACAGGAGCUGACCUUCUACGCGGCCAUAGCUGAGGACAUGACCCAGAACUGCCCGAACGGCUGCUCCGGCAACGGGCAGUGCCUGCUGGGGCACUGUCAGUGCAAUCCUGGCUUCGGGGGCGACGACUGCAGCGAGAGCGUCUGCCCGGUGCUGUGCUCUCAGCACGGGGAGUACAUCAACGGCGAGUGCAUCUGCAAUCCCGGCUGGAAGGGCAAGGAGUGCUCCCUGCGGCACGACGAGUGCGAGGUGGCCGACUGCAAUGGACAUGGCCACUGCGUCAGCGGCAAGUGCCAGUGCAUGCGCGGCUACAAGGGCAAAUUCUGUGAAGAAGUGGAUUGCCCGCACCCGAACUGCUCGGGCCACGGAUUCUGCGCCGACGGCACCUGCAUCUGCAAGAAAGGCUGGAAGGGUCCGGACUGCGCCACCAUGGACCAGGAUGCCCUUCAGUGCCUGCCCGACUGCUCGGGCCACGGCAGUUUCGACCUGGACACCCAGACCUGCUCCUGCGAGGGCAAGUGGAGCGGCGACGACUGCUCCAAGGAGCUGUGCGACCUUGACUGCGGCCAGCACGGACGCUGCGAAGGAGAUGCCUGCGCCUGCGACCCUGAGUGGGGCGGAGAGUACUGCAACACGAAGCUUUGCGACGCACGUUGCAACGAGCACGGCCAGUGCAAGAACGGAACCUGCCUCUGCGUGACCGGCUGGAACGGCAAGCACUGCACCAUCGAGGGCUGCCCCAACAGCUGCGCCGGACACGGUCAGUGCCGUGUGAGCGGCGAGGGCCAGUGGGAGUGCCGCUGCUAUGAGGGCUGGGACGGACCAGACUGUGGCAUCGCACUGGAGCUGAACUGCGGUGACAGCAAGGACAAUGACAAAGACGGACUGGUUGACUGCGAGGAUCCCGAGUGCUGUGCCAGCCACGUGUGCAAGACCUCCCAAUUGUGCGUGUCGGCGCCCAAGCCCAUCGAUGUGCUGCUGCGUAAGCAGCCGCCGGCCAUCACCGCCUCCUUCUUCGAGCGAAUGAAGUUCCUCAUCGACGAGAGCAGCCUGCAGAACUACGCCAAGCUGGAGACCUUCAACGAGAGCAUUUUUUGGAAUUAUUUCAAUGCAAGCCGAUCAGCGGUCAUCCGCGGACGCGUCGUCACCUCGCUGGGCAUGGGCCUGGUGGGUGUCCGAGUCUCGACUACCACUCUGCUGGAGGGCUUCACGCUGACCCGGGACGACGGCUGGUUCGAUCUGAUGGUCAAUGGCGGAGGAGCUGUGACCCUUCAGUUCGGACGAGCGCCCUUCCGGCCUCAGUCACGCAUCGUGCAAGUGCCGUGGAACGAGGUUGUCAUCAUCGACGUGGUGGUAAUGAGCAUGUCCGAGGAGAAGGGCGUGGCCACGACAACGACGCAUACGUGCUUCUCACACGACUACGACCUGAUGAAGCCCGUGGUGCUGGCCUCCUGGAAGCACGGCUUUCAGGGAGCCUGUCCCGACCGCAGUGCCAUCCUCGCGGAGUCGCAGGUCAUCCAGGAGUCGCUGCAGAUUCCUGGAACCGGCCUCAAUCUGGUCUAUCACUCGUCCCGCGCUGCCGGCUAUCUGUCCACGAUCAAGCUGCAACUGACGCCCGACUCCAUUCCGGCCACACUGCACCUCAUCCACCUGCGCAUCACCAUUGAGGGCAUCCUCUUCGAGCGCGUCUUCGAGGCUGAUCCGGGAAUCAAGUUCACCUACGCGUGGAACCGCCUUAACAUCUACAGGCAGCGCGUCUACGGCGUGACCACGGCGGUGGUCAAGGUCGGCUACCAGUACACAGAUUGCAAAGACACCGUCUGGGACAUCCAGACGACCAAGCUCAGUGGACACGACAUGUCCAUCUCGGAGGUGGGUGGCUGGAACCUGGACAUCCACCACCGCUACAACUUCCACGAGGGCAUCCUGCAGAAGGGCGACGGCUCGAACAUCUACCUGAGGAACAAGCCCCGCAUCAUCCUCACCACCAUGGGCGAUGGGCACCAGCGACCGCUGGAGUGCCUCGACUGUGACGGCCUGGCCAUGAAGCAGCGUCUGCUGGCCCCCGUUGCUCUGGCCGCUGCCCCCGAUGGCAGUCUCUUUGUCGGCGACUUUAACUACAUCCGCCGCAUCAUGACCGACGGCAGCAUUCGCACGGUUGUCAAGUUGAAUGCCACACGCGUGUCCUACCGCUACCACAUGGCCCUGAGUCCACUCGACGGCACUCUGUACGUCUCCGACCCGGAGUCGCAUCAGAUCAUCCGCGUGCGCGAUACCAACGACUACUCGCAGCCGGAGCUGAACUGGGAGGCGAUCGUGGGCUCCGGCGAGCGUUGCUUGCCCGGAGACGAGGCCCACUGCGGGGACGGAGCACUGGCGAAGGACGCCAAGCUGGCGUACCCCAAGGGCAUUGCCAUCUCCAGCGACAACAUCCUGUACUUUGCGGACGGAACGAACAUACGGAUGGUGGAUCGGGACGGCAUCGUGAGCACCCUCAUCGGCAACCACAUGCACAAGUCGCACUGGAAACCCACCUGCGAGGGCACCCUCAAGCUGGAGGAGAUGCACCUUCGCUGGCCCACCGAGCUGGCCGUCUCGCCCAUGGACAAUACCCUGCACAUCAUCGACGACCACAUGAUCCUGCGCAUGACCCCGGACGGACGCGUUCGCGUUAUCUCCGGCCGCCCGCUGCAUUGUGCCACUGCCUCUACGGCCUACGAUACGGAUCUGGCCACCCACGCCACCCUGGUGAUGCCCCAGUCCAUUGCAUUUGGUCCCCUCGGGGAGCUGUUCGUGGCCGAGAGCGAUUCGCAGAGGAUCAACCGCGUGCGAGUGAUCGGAACGGACGGACGCAUUGCCCCAUUCGCGGGCGUCGAGUCCAAGUGCAACUGCCUGGAGCGCGGAUGCGACUGCUUCGAGGCGGAGCACUAUCUGGCCACGAGCGCCAAAUUCAACACGAUUGCCGCCCUGGCCGUCACCCCCGACGGACACGUGCACAUCGCCGAUCAGGCCAACUAUCGCAUCCGUUCCGUGAUGUCGAGCAUUCCGGAGGCGAGUCCCUCGCGGGAGUACGAGAUCUACGCGCCCGACAUGCAGGAGAUCUACAUCUUCAACAGGUUCGGCCAGCACGUCUCCACGCGCAACAUCCUCACCGGAGAGACGACCUACGUAUUCACCUACAACGUGAACACCUCCAACGGCAAGCUGAGCACCGUCACGGAUGCGGCCGGCAACAAGGUGUUCCUGCUGCGCGACUACACCUCGCAGGUGAACUCCAUCGAGAACACCAAGGGCCAGAAGUGCCGCCUGCGCAUGACCCGCAUGAAGAUGCUUCACGAGCUGAGCACGCCGGACAACUACAACGUCACAUACGAGUACCACGGACCCACGGGACUGCUGAAGACCAAACUGGACUCCACUGGACGCUCAUAUGUCUACAACUACGACGAGUUUGGGCGGCUCACCUCCGCUGUCACCCCCACCGGCCGGGUAAUCGAACUGAGCUUCGACCUGAGCGUGAAGGGAGCCAUGGUAAAGGUCUCGGAGAACUCGCAGAAGGAGCAGUCGAUGCUGAUACAGGGCGCCACGGUCAUCGUGAAGAACGGAGCCGCUGAGUCGCGUACCACAGUCGAAAUGGACGGCUCCACGACCAGCAUCACGCCCUGGGGACACACCGUGCAAAUGGAAGUUGCUCCGUACACCAUUCUGGCUGAACAGAGUCCGUUGCUGGGAGAGAGCUACCCCGUGCCGGCCAAGCAACGCACCGAGAUCGCCGGAGAUCUGGCCAACCGCUUUGAGUGGCGCUACUUUGUGCGUCGCCAGCAGCCGCAGCUGCCGGGCAAGCAAAACAAGGGAACGGCACGCCCCGUCACAGAAGUGGGACGCAAGCUGCGGGUGAACGGAGACAACGUGCUGACUCUGGAGUACGAUCGCGAGACGCAGUCGGUGGUGGUGAUGGUGGACGACAAGCAGGAGCUGCUGAAUGUUACCUACGACCGCACCUCGCGCCCCAUCAGCUUCCGGCCGCAGUCGGGCGACUAUGCGGACGUUGAUCUGGAGUACGAUCGCUUCGGGCGACUGGUUAGCUGGAAGUGGGGCGUCCUCCAGGAGGCCUACUCCUUCGACCGCAACGGCCGCCUUAACGAGAUCAAGUAUGGCGAUGGCUCGACCAUGGUCUAUGCCUUCAAGGACAUGUUUGGAUCGUUGCCAUUAAAGGUGACAACGCCACGUCGCUCAGACUAUCUGCUACAGUACGACGAUGCCGGUGCACUGCAGAGUCUGACCACGCCGCGGGGCCACAUCCACUCGUUCUCGCUGCAGACGUCGCUGGGCUUCUUUAAGUACCAAUACUACUCGCCCAUAAACCGCCAUCCCUUCGAGAUUCUGUACAAUGACGAGGGCCAAAUCCUGGCCAAGAUCCAUCCCCACCAGUCGGGCAAGGUGGCUUUUGUGCACGACGCCGCCGGACGCCUGGAGACCAUUUUGGCGGGUCUUUCGAGCACCCACUACACCUACCAGGACACCACCAGCCUGGUGAAGUCCGUAGAGGUGCAGGAGCCGGGCUUCGAGCUGCGCCGCGAGUUCAAGUAUCACGCGGGCAUCCUUAAGGACGAGAAGCUACGGUUUGGCUCCAAGAACUCGCUGGCAUCGGCCCACUUUAAGUACGCCUACGACGGCAACGCCAGAUUGAGCGGCAUCGAGAUGGCCAUCGACGAUAAGGAGCUUCCGACGACCCGCUACAAGUACAGCCAGAACCUGGGACAGCUGGAGGUCGUUCAGGAUCUGAAGAUCACCCGCAACGCCUUCAACCGCACGGUCAUCCAAGACUCUGCCAAGCAGUUCUUCACAAUUGUCGACUACGACCAGCACGGUCGCGUCAAGAGCGUCCUGAUGAACGUCAAGAACAUCGACGUGUUCCGCCUGGAGCUAGACUACGACCUGCGCAAUCGCAUCAAGUCACAGAAGACGACCUUUGGCCGAUCUACGGCCUUCGACAAGAUCAACUAUAACGCCGAUGGUCAUGUGAUCGAGGUCCUGGGCACCAACAACUGGAAAUACCUGUACGACGAGAACGGCAACACGGUGGGCGUUGUGGAUCAAGGUGAGAAGUUUAACCUCGGCUACGACAUCGGGGAUCGUGUGAUUAAGCUGGGCGACGUGGAGUUCAACAACUACGAUGCCCGCGGCUUUGUGGUGCGGCGCGGAGAGCAAAAGUACCGGUACAACAACCGCGGACAGCUGAUCCAUGCCUUCGAGCGCGAGCGCUUCCAGAGCUGGUACUACUACGACGAUCGCAGCCGCCUAGUGGCCUGGCACGACAAUAAGGGCAACACCACCCAGUAUUACUACGCCAAUCCGCGAACACCGCACCUGGUCACGCACGUGCACUUCCCCAAGCUGGCCAAGACCAUGAAAUUCUACUACGAUGACCGCGACAUGCUGAUUGCCCUGGAGAACGCCGAUCAGAGGUACUAUGUGGCCACCGAUCAGAACGGCUCACCGCUGGCCUUCUUCGACAUGAACGGCGGCAUCGUCAAGGAGCUCAAGCGCACUCCGUUCGGACGGAUUAUCAAGGACACCAAGCCCGACUUCUUUGUGCCGGUUGACUUCCAUGGCGGCCUGAUUGAUCCACACACCAAACUGAUUUACACGGAGCAGCGACAGUACGAUCCCCAUGUGGGUCAGUGGAUGACGCCGCUCUGGGAGACACUGGCCACCGAAAUGUCCCACCCAACGGAUGUGUUCAUCUAUCGGUUCCACAACAACGAUCCCAUCAACCCCAACAAGCCGCAGAACUACAUGAUCGACCUGGACGCCUGGCUGCAGCUGUUCGGCUACGACCUGGACAACAUGCAGAGCAGCCGCUACACCAAGCUGGCCCAGUACACGCCCCAGGCCUCCAUCAAAUCGAACACGCUGGCCCCCGACUUCGGCGUCAUCUCCGGUCUGGAGUGCAUUGUGGAGAAGACGAGCGAGAAGUUCAGCGACUUUGACUUUGUGCCCAAGCCGCUGCUCAAGAUGGAGCCAAAGAUGCGCAACCUCUUGCCGCGCGUCAGCUACCGUCGCGGAGUCUUCGGCGAGGGCGUGCUGCUUUCGACGAUAGGGGGACGGGCACUGGUCAGCGUUGUGGAUGGAGCCAACAGCGUGGUGCAGGACGUUGUGAGCAGUGUGUUCAACAAUUCCUUCUUCCUGGACCUGCACUUUAGCAUACACGACCAGGACGUCUUCUACUUUGUGAAGGACAAUGUACUGAAGCUGCGCGACGACAACGAGGAGCUGCGUCGCCUGGGCGGCAUGUUUAACAUAUCAACCCACGAGAUUAGCGAUCACGGCGGCAGUGCGGCCAAAGAGCUGCGCCUCCACGGACCCGAUGCGGUGGUCAUCAUCAAGUACGGCGUGGAUCCCGAGCAGGAGCGCCAUCGCAUACUGAAGCAUGCUCACAAGCGAGCCGUGGAACGGGCCUGGGAGCUAGAGAAGCAGCUGGUGGCCGCCGGCUUCCAGGGUCGCGGUGACUGGACCGAGGAGGAGAAGGAGGAGCUCGUCCAGCACGGCGACGUAGAUGGAUGGAUUGGCAUUGACAUACACAGCAUACACAAGUAUCCCCAGCUGGCCGACGAUCCCGGCAACGUGGCCUUCCAGCGCGAUGCCAAGCGCAAACGCCGCAAGACCGGGAGCAGCCACAGAACCGGCUCCAGCCGGCGCCAACUCAGGGUCGGCGAGCCGAGUGCGUGAGUGGAGGAGGACAAAGAGGAGCAGCAGUCCGAGCCCGACCUCGAGUUGGAGCUGGAGCUGGAAAGUGAAGUGGCCGAUGGGGAGUAUGGCGAUCAGGACGAAUACCUAAUAGCCGUGGGCAGGAAGGAGCUGAGGGAAAGCAGCGAGACAGCUGAGGAGCAAAUUUUGUAAUUAGGUGAAAUACGCAACAGCGACAACCACAACCACAGCAGCACAAUGACACAAUGACACAUGACAACACAAGCGAACAUUCAAGAAAACACUAAUUAAUGUAAACUUUAAUCAAGCUUAAAGUUUAGUAUUAGUCAUCAGGCAACCCAACCCUCGAAUAGCAGAAGAAUCUUCAAUGAGUGUGUACGAUAUGUAUGUACACCGGAACAGGAAUAUGUAUGUGUUGACGUUGAGUUUAGGCUAACAGUAGGCGUAUGUUUAGUCCAUGUGUGUAAUGUUUAAUGUAAUUUUUUAAAAUUUAGAUCAGGUCCUUCCGGACAACAGCCUGCUUGCAUUUGAAUUUGCAUUGGCAAGCAAGUACGCUAAAUCAGCGUAUUGAUGCAUCUGAUGCAUCAGCAGAGGGACAGAAAUCCGAAUGGAGCGGAACAGAACAGAAUAUAGAAAUAUUAUUUGAGUUUCUGUGUCUCGUCUACCCGUGCCCAUUAGCCAGUUGCAUUUGGAUGUUAAACGAUGAGUAUUACACAGCAAAAUAUGCAUACGAAUAAGUAAAGAAGUAAUCUAACAGUUGAAUAAAUGUAAAAAGAUUAAAGGCCACACCUCCCCCAGCAGUAGCCCUAGACCCAGAUCCUGGCCCAAGCCCUAGCCCCAGCCCUAGCCUAGCCUAGCCAAAAAUCAUGGCAACAGAGAUGCUGCUUGAAAGCUGCUUCACUUUCGUAGUGCUUUGUGUAUAUAAGAACGACUACUUUACUACUAUGCUUUAACUAUCCAUCAGCGCGUAUUUAUCCUUUUACACGUACUUCUUUUAAGCAAAAUAUAUACUUUAACCGAAUGCUCGAAUUUAACAAGACUCAGACCGUCUUCUUUGUUUGGAUAGCCGAGAAUCAAAAGGAAUCUUUAGACAGUACAGUCCCCCUUCAAAGCAAUGCAAUGCAAUACUCUAUCAACUCUUUCCACUCAUUUUUAAAUGUUAAACUGUUGAAUUUAUUCAAUGGCAAAACGCAUUAACAACUUUUUACAAAUUGUGAUAUAUAUAUUUCUAAACAUUUCAUCUAACAACUUGAAGUGUGACGAACAAAAAUCGAAGAAAAUCGAAUCGAACCGAACCGAUCAUGAACAUGAAAAGCAACACCAUGUACUUUACUCAUUUUUUUUAAAGAUAGUCCUUAACUUUUAGUUUUUAAACUGCAAUAUUUAGUUUGUACCGUUUGCCAUGUUAAUUUGUAAAAGCAACACAAUUUUGAAUGCUAAUCCCACCACGGGAGUGUCACAUAGGGUUUAGUUUCUUUUAACCUGGUAAUUAUACAUUUUUCAAUUAUUGCAAUUUUAAUUGCCCCGAUUUAAAGCCGUACUAUGGUCCCUUCUAUGUUGUUGGCCUUUAGCCAACACUUUGUGUUUAUAAUUAUUAUUGAACUAUUUAUAACUGAAACUAAACUAUUGACUAUUGAGAUAUAAACUAGCAUAACAAUUUAGUGCGCGUAUUUAGGUCUUGAGGAGUACGUUUAUACACCCAUAUAACCAUAUAGAACACACCUUGUAUUAUAUACACCCUACACUCACACAUACAACUACACAUAGUCAUUAAGAAUUAGGCUAUAGAAGGGAGGAUCGUAAAAACGAAAAGGAUUAGCACCUAACUAAUGUGAAAAUAAGCGAUGGAUACGUUUCCAAGGCAGUGCGGACUGCGGAGUACAGAGAACAGAGAGCAAAGCGUAGUAAUUAGCUAAAGUGUUAGUAAUUUUAUUAAAUAAAAUUAUAAAUGAAACAAAAAAUAAUUGAUAAUGGAUAAACACUUAGCCCCUAUACUUAAGACUAUACAUCAUAGCCGGUGUGCGUUCAUUUCGAUGAGUGGAGCUGCUGCUAUGUAACUAAUCGAAAAUAACGAUAUCUUUAUCACCCAAACAUUACACAGCAGAAGCCUUCACUCAGAUGGAAAAUUGUAAAAAUCAGCAAACGUAUAUAAAUGUGUAUGUUCUAAGAUUAAGCAGCAUUAUAUUAACCAAAAACAUAUAAAGAAUGAAACAAAAUGAUUGAAAUCAGCAUAAAGCAGCAAACAAUUGUGACUGAAAAACGAAAGAUCUACAAAGUACGGAUGGAUACACACGGUCUACGUCCAACUCGUUUGUGCUCAGAUCUACAUACCCGGUCCCCUUUGUUCUUCGACGUGAACUGUAAAUUUCCAGCAAAUGGCAAGCGCCAACCUUAAGCAAUUAGUUGAGCUCAUGUUUAGACUUAUUAACUGAUUGUAAUGAAAUAGAAACCACAUCUAUAAGCAGCAGGCCGUUGAAGCAAAGCAAUUAAAAUUCGAAGCAUAAAUAACUUACGAACAAUACAUGUAUUAAGUGUACUAAAUUGUCUCUUAAAAUCAUACAGAUACCGAUCAAGACGCCACAGCAGCGGUAAAGAUAGUUUAUAAAAUACAAAACAAACGAUGCAUAAAAACAAA